UCAUCGAAAAAGGAAACGGGAGUGAGAAGCCAAUAGCGACUCGGUUUCCAUUCCCUUCUCCACAGUCUGUAUAAGGGAGAACGAUAAUCAAUUGACGAUCAAAUUCAAAUACACAAUUCCAUUCCAAGAAUGACGAAGCUCGCAGCUCUCUUUACCAUUGUCGCACUUGUUCUUACAAUGUCCCUUCUAACCUCUUCCGAAGCUCGUCCGACGAUCGCCACUUCCGUCAAAAUCGUCAAUCCGGUUCCUGAAGAAACGGUUAAUGGAGACAUAUGCGAUGAACGAAACCCGGAUGAAGAUUGCCUCUUCCGAAGAACACUAACGGCUCAUACUGAUUAUAUCUAUACGGAAACCAAGCCGAAGCGGGAGUGAACCUAUUCAAAUAAUUGCUUUCACAAAUUUGCACGGUGCGGUUGCCGUAACAAGAAUGACUUGGGAAUUGUGGCUGUUUUACCCUUAAGUCAAUUGAUUAUUUCAGGAUAUAUAUUAUGAUAUCCUCUUUCGAUGUUACUAUUUAUUCACCUGAAAAAGGUUCUUACUUUGCAGCAAAAUAUUAAUAAAUAAAUUCCUUCUUUAUUUA